CCUGUCUGAUGGAAAACCAGCAGCUGGGAAGGUGCUGUUUCAGGCUCUUGCUGUUUAAAAAAAAAUGAGAGCGAGAGGGGGAAGAAAACUCCACUAAGUCCAGAAGCUGGCAUUGGAGAGGGAGACCGCGGUCAUGUGGUUCCGGCCACCCUACCCUCUGUCACAGUGCGGAUGAGAGCUUUCUGCUCUUAUCCAAUCAUGCCUGGAAUGCCGCUUGCCACUUGGGUUAUUUCUGCUAUCUGCCGCCCUUGGUGCCGCAGUGCUCACGCUUUGGCAGAUGGAACGCUUUUCCUUGGAGUUCGUGUCUUUGGGGUUUGACUGCUGGCAGCGCCGGGCCUGUUGUUGCUGCUCGCCCUGUCCCUCCCUGGCCCUCUGGGCACCAUGGCCCAUCGGCUUCGGUUUCAUUUUGGCUCCUGCCGCAGCAACACAGCCCCCGAGUCGGAGAUCCUAGACCAGGAGGGAGAAGACGACUUUUUCAUGGCAUUCCACACGCUCCCGCGGCGGGGCGGCGCGGUUGCGCUGGCCCCGAGCGGAGCGCAGGACGCGGGCCUGCGGGGAGGCGUGGGCGCGCUCAAGCGCAGCACGUCCAUGUUCAUUCCGCAGCUGCUGGGCCCCGUGGACGCGCGGCCCACGCGGAGCUCGUCCGUGCAGAUCUCGCUGCAGCGCAAGGCGGCUGACGGCGCCCCCGACGACGGCGAUGUGGGCACGGAGCCGCCGGGGGAGCCCCCCGAGGCCAAGAGCCUCGACGACAGCAGCGGCGAUGGCUCCCCUCCCGGGGGGCCCGGAGCUCCGGGCCCGCAGCUCAAUGGCACGUGCGGCCGCCGCCGAGCGCCGGGCCCUGACGGCCGCGAGGAGGCCGAGCCGCCAGCCGUGCGCAUCCAACACCGCGCGUCCAGCGCCGAUGUGCGCCCGGUGAAGCUGACGCCCUCGGGGGCUGAGGGCCAGGCUGGCCCCGCGGCGGCAGCGCCCGAGCCCAGGCGCUGGUCCCUGCAGCACGUUCCAGACGCUUCUGGAAGCUCCGGGAAGCGCUGUUUUGUCUUCCAGCUGCAGCAGCCGCCAGCCGGUGGCUGCGGGCCCGCGCCGGGCGGCGACUUCAACUUCGGCUUCACCGGCACCAAGGGGGACAGGUUGGUGAGGUAUCCCCGAAUCCGGCUGGAGAGGAGCAGCUCGUACCCCACGCCGCCCCGGUCCGAGCGCGGGAGUCCUCCGGAGGAGCGCGGCCACCCGGACCCGGAGGCGCUGCCGCGGGGCCGCAGGGUGGCUCCCGAUGCCCACAGGACCGAUGCGGCGGCCGAGAGGUCGCCACAAGGCCAGGGCUGCACGUUUAAGAUCAGGCAGGAUCAAAACGCGGGGCAGCAGCACUUCAGAAUCCUCGUGACUCGGGGGCCCGAGGAAGCCCCCCAGAGUCCCGAGGAGGACGCCGCCGCGGCCGGCCCGGCUUCCACGGGAGCUGGCGCCCCGACACGGGACGACUUCCUGGGACAGGUGGACAUACCCCUUAGUCAUCUCCCGACAGAAGACCCAACCAUGGAGCGACCCUACACAUUUAAGGACUUUCUCCUCCGGCCAAGAAGUCAUAAAUCUCGGGUUAAGGGAUUUUUGCGAUUGAAAAUGGCCUAUAUGCCCAAAAACGGAGGCCAAGAUGAAGAGAACAGUGAGCAGCGGGAUGAGAUGGAGCCCGGGUGGGAAGUCGUUGACUCCAAUGACUCGGCUUCUCAGCACCAGGAGGAGCUGCCCCCGCCUCCGCUGCCCCCCGGGUGGGAAGAGAAGGUGGACAACCUGGGCCGCACGUACUACGUCAACCACAACAACCGGACCACCCAGUGGCACCGGCCCAGCCUCAUGGACGUGUCGUCCGAGUCCGACAGCAACAUCCGGCAGAUCAACCAGGAGGCCGCGCAUCGCCGCUUCCGCUCGCGCAGACACAUCAGCGAGGACCUGGAGCCGGAGCCCAGCGAGGGCGGGGAGGGCCCCGAGCCUUGGGAGACCAUUUCGGAGGAAGUGAACAUGAGCGGAGACUCACUCAGCCUGGCGCUGCCCCCGCCGCCAGCCUCGCCUGUGUCCCGGACGAGCCCCCAAGAGCUGUCCGAGGAGCUGAGCAGAAGGCUGCAGGUCACUCCCGACUCCAACGGCGAGCAGUUUGGGUCUUUGAUUCAGAGAGAGCCGUCCUCCAGGUUGAGGUCCUGCAGUGUCACCGAUGCGGUCGCGGAGCAGGCUCAUCUCCCGCCGCCAUCAGUGGCCUAUGUACACACUACGCCGGGCCUGCCCUCGGGCUGGGAAGAGAGGAAAGAUGCUAAGGGACGCACAUACUAUGUCAAUCAUAACAAUCGAACCACAACUUGGACUCGGCCUAUUGUGCAGCUCGCAGAAGACGGCGCAUCCGGAUCCGCCACAAACAGUAACAACCACCUAAUCGAGCCUCAGAUCCGCCGGCCUCGUAGCCUCAGCUCGCCAACAGUAACUUUAUCCGCCCCGCUGGAGGGCGCCAAGGACUCACCCGUACGUCGGGCUGUGAAAGAUACCCUUUCCAACCCACAGUCCCCACAGCCAUCACCUUACAACUCCCCCAAACCACAACACAAAGUCACACAGAGCUUCUUGCCGCCCGGCUGGGAGAUGAGGAUAGCGCCCAACGGCCGGCCCUUCUUCAUUGACCACAACACAAAGACCACGACGUGGGAAGAUCCACGCCUGAAAUUUCCAGUACACAUGCGGUCAAAGGCAUCCUUAAACCCCAAUGACCUUGGCCCUCUUCCUCCUGGCUGGGAAGAGAGGAUUCACUUGGACGGCCGGACGUUCUACAUCGACCACAGCAGCCAGGUGUUAUGUGGCGAGGACGAUGCCAGAGACGCAGUGCCCUCGUACGAUAGCAAAAUUACUCAGUGGGAAGACCCAAGACUGCAGAACCCAGCUAUUACUGGUCCGGCUGUUCCUUACUCCAGAGAAUUUAAGCAGAAAUAUGACUACUUUAGAAAGAAAUUAAAGAAACCUGCGGAUAUUCCAAAUAGGUUUGAAAUGAAACUUCACAGAAAUAACAUAUUUGAAGAAUCCUAUAGGAGAAUCAUGUCUGUGAAAAGACCAGAUGUCCUGAAAGCUAGGCUGUGGAUUGAGUUUGAAUCGGAGAAAGGUCUGGACUAUGGGGGCGUGGCCAGAGAGUGGUUCUUCCUGCUGUCCAAGGAGAUGUUCAACCCUUACUACGGCCUCUUCGAGUACUCGGCAACGGACAACUACACACUUCAGAUCAAUCCUAAUUCAGGCCUCUGUAAUGAAGAUCAUUUGUCUUAUUUCACUUUCAUUGGAAGAGUUGCUGGGCUGGCAGUAUUUCACGGGAAACUUCUAGAUGGUUUCUUCAUUCGACCGUUUUAUAAAAUGAUGCUGGGAAAGCAGAUAACUCUGAAUGACAUGGAAUCUGUGGAUAGCGAAUAUUACAACUCUUUGAAAUGGAUCUUAGAAAAUGACCCAACUGAACUGGACCUUAUGUUCUGCAUUGAUGAAGAGAACUUCGGGCAGACAUAUCAAGUGGAUCUGAAGCCCAACGGGUCAGAAAUAAUGGUAACAAAUGAGAACAAAAGAGAGUACAUCGACCUAGUCAUCCAGUGGAGGUUUGUGAACAGGGUCCAGAAGCAGAUGAACGCCUUCCUGGAGGGAUUCACGGAACUGCUCCCUAUUGAUUUGAUUAAAAUCUUUGAUGAAAAUGAACUGGAGUUGCUGAUGUGCGGCCUUGGCGACGUGGAUGUGAACGACUGGCGACAACAUUCUAUCUACAAGAACGGCUACUGCCCGAACCACCCUGUGAUCCAGUGGUUCUGGAAGGCUGUGCUGCUGAUGGACGCCGAGAAGCGCAUCCGGUUACUGCAGUUUGUCACGGGGACGUCUCGAGUACCUAUGAAUGGAUUUGCCGAGCUUUAUGGUUCCAAUGGUCCUCAGCUGUUUACAAUAGAGCAAUGGGGAAGUCCUGAAAAACUGCCCAGAGCUCACACGUGCUUUAAUCGCCUUGACUUACCUCCGUAUGAAACCUUCGAAGAUUUACGAGAGAAGCUUCUCAUGGCUGUGGAAAAUGCCCAGGGAUUCGAGGGGGUGGAUUAAGUGCCCCCUGCCUCAGGGCGGUUAUUCUUCGAGCAAGUCCUGCUUGCACUUUUGCAUUUGCCUGACAGACUCUGCAGAGACGCUGGCAGAGAGCAGCGCGGCGAGGGGUCCCGGAGCGGAGCCCCUGCCCCCGACUUGCCCACGGCCGACAGGGAGACCCCGUCCCGGGUCGCGUUCCUGCAUUUCCCACCACCAAUUUCCAACUGGUUGAUGUGUAUACUGAUUACAUUUCAGGAGGACUUAUUCUAUUUAUGUUGUGCCUCUGUAGGCCAAGCCCUUAAUAAAUAUUUUCCAUACUUUAUAAUGACAGCGAAUGGAAUUAAUCACUCUACAGGUAUAGUAUUACAACUCAUGUUUACUUUUUAAAAUGAUUUAGACCGAUUUGCAGAUUUUAUUUCACAAUUAAAGAUGUCUCAUGUACUUGGAAAAGUGAGCAUAUUUUUUUUUUUGUAUUUGAAUUUCAUACCAGGUUUAAUGUCGGUGAUGUUUUUAUUUUUAAAGUACUUGGAAAGCCCCACCCCCUACCGGAUUAGCUAUGGAAGACUGACUUCUGUCCAAAAUCCUUCCGCAGACAAAUACUCUAACAUUAGCCAUCAUGACAGUUUUUUCCAUGCUCAGAAUGAAAACUGGAUAUUACUUUUUUUUGUUCGAAUUUAGCGUAAUAGCUGCAGAGUGAGAGAAUUGUAACAUAGCAUGACAAAAUUUGUGUUGACUUGAAGGAAUCACACCAUUAUUCCUUAGAAGUAACUACGUGUGCUGGAGCACGUUUGAGGGAGGGUUGGACUAUGACUUCUCGAAGAGAAGCUACUUAACCCUUCCCGAUGCUGUACAGCCCUCCUGUCAUAUUCUCCUCCUCGCUGUUGUAGUCGAGACGCUCGAAUGGAACUUGGCACCGAGUGACGGGAGAGCAGGCCUGUGCAGCCUCCUGCCUGUGCGCGUUUGCGAACGAUAGCUGAACACGCAACUUCUGUUCUAACUGCACCAGUUCUGAAGGCACUUUAUGUACCACAUGGAGGUCAUGCCUGGUUUUGUUUUGGUUUUGUUUUUUAAUCAUAGCAUUGAAUGUGAUUUCUUCUCUCUGCACAUGCCUUUCCGGUGCAAUAUCUAUCGGUUGUGAAUCUGGCUGCUGGUGUCUAAACCCUGGCUGUAAAGCUGAGCCUCGAGGCCUGUCCUCACCAAGCGUUUUGUGAUUUCUACUCCACUGCAAAGAUUACUAGACAAUCUAACCGGGUUUUGUUCCCGAUGACCUGUUGCAUGCUUCCAUACCGUGCUCUGCCCGCGCUGUGUCCGUCGCGUGCUAGAUUAAAAGGGCGGAGAGACCUGAUUUGACACCCAGACGUCUGGCUCUCCAGCUGACCCUGCUGGGGGUGGAGAGCUCUGCGGGAUUCGCGUUCAUGGCCACUCGCGAGUCCUCGCUGCAGAACUGUGUUUUGAGGGGACGCCUGAGGCAGGGCGAGGGGGUCUAGCAGACCCUUCUGUCCUUCUUAACCUGUGUUGUCCUAAGCCCUGUGGCGGCCAUCCAGGGAAACUGGAUAGAUUGCUUGCCAGUCGUAGAUGAGACCAAAAGAACUGUGGUUUCAGGGCCUCCACUUAGGAUCUUCCGGGUGGCUUGUAGGAAGCCUCGAGUGUUUGUGGUUGAGCUGUUUAAAGGGGCUGCAGAGCCCUUGGCAUCUAAAAGGUGGAGUUCUACAGAGCUGAGGGUUGUUCCCUUCUCACAUUGAUUUUUAAAAAUCCAAUAGUGAUCAGAAAACCUAGAUGUUGAGUAAUUAGGAAAAAAAAAACAAUAUUGCUCAUUAUUUUUACCUCUUGGUGGGAUUUUCUCCCUUCAGUUGAUAUAACAAGUAUCUUCUUCUCUUAGCCCCUCGGCUUGCUUUUUAUGAUUCAUGUCAAAGCCUGGGAGAGCAGUGUGCUGGGAUGGGUUUUAUAAGUGUGUAAUUAUAGGGAAGAAAUCCAACAAUCCUUGUCGAAGAACUGGGAUUCUUCUGUCAUUUCAUAAAUUCUUAAAUCAGAAUGUUCACUGAAUGCAAAUUAGGCAAAGUACUGAAAAUAUGCAAGAAAACCCAUUCUAAGAUCAUUUCUGUGCCAAGAACAGAUAAGAAUUAUUGAAAUAGACCCCCGUGAAUACUUGGAAGGCGCUAAUUGUGAAUGACAGUUCGGUUCAUCUCUCCCUUAUUAUCUGAUUUCAGCGACAGCUCGAAAGUGCUGGGUUUAGAGUUUGUUUGGGGGUUUUGGCUUCCUUGAAUCCAGAUAAGCUUUCCCAGUUCUCAGCAACUCUCCGUGUUCCACUCUUUGUCUAAAACAGUCACGUACCUUGCUUUCUCUGGAUCCUGACGACCACUGCCCACCACUUUCACUCUGUAGCCUCAGGCGGCGGCAAGGAAGAGGCGCAGUGGGCCGAGCAGAGGCCUCUGCCCACCUGGCUCAGCAGGCCUGGGGGCAGAGGAUGGUGUCGCCGCCCCAGAUCUGUUUAACAGUGAUGCCUUCCUAGAAAUGACUGGGAUCCAGCUUCUCUAGUCCCCUGGAAAAGAGCCAUUGUGGGCCAUUUUGCCACAAGGUUAAGAAGUCAGUUCCAGAAUUUGCAUGUGGUUGAAAGGUUUUUAAACAUCGGCUAACCCAGUCACCUGUAAAAGUCCUGCGUGUUUCUAGUCCCCCCUCUUGUCGGCCUAACAGUGAGUUUGGGGAGUCCUGCUUGGUAGGGAUUGGCUCCAGGCAGGGUCUGCUCGUCUACCUGCCGCCUCUGCGACAGGGAGUGAUGAGGCGUGGGUCUCAGCACUCUUUUCCUUUCUCCUGAAACACGUCCCUUUACUUAGCAAGGCGCUUUGGUAGCUCCCACCAGAUACUCCCUAAGGCUGGAUGACAAAUGCCUGACAUGGUUUGUUCCUCCCACAUAAGGAUGCAGGGACAGGUUCUGAGAAGAAUGGUUCGCAAAAUAUUUGAACCACUCUCUGCAUCUCACACUGUUCAAUGGACAGCAUGGACCGUUGCCGUGUGACCUUGCCAGGUCCAAACUGGCCCCCUUGAAAACCGAGCUUGUGUGCCGCAAACUACUAAUUGUCCUCACAGUUACUACUAAUUGUUUCUCACUUGACUCCGCUGUUUUUCUAAGUCUUGUAUCUUGCCUCUGAAAUAUCAGGAUCCAUAGAGCACGCCUGGGUUAACCAGUCCUCAAGCCCUUGCCCAGCGGUGCGCUGGGCCUCCUCACCCUGACUCUGCAGCCCUGGCGGACCCCGGUGUCGUCUCCUGCCCUGCCGGCAGGGGGCGAAGCCGUGCAGGGGACCCUCCUCCGACCCCCAGGAGGUCCUGCACUACCUCUGUCUUAUUCAGACUUUGGGGUACACCCUGGUAAGUCAAACUGCCAAUUUUAGGUCCGAGAUGUGCUUUUUAAAAUAAACCUUAAUAAACUCCACUUUGUACUUUAGAUUUUAAAACUGGGAAGAAAAAUGUGAUAUACUUUGGACCACUUUUUUUUUUUUUAAUUUAUCGAAGCCUUAACGAACAGUGUAUAUACAUCUGCGUUCACACCCCCCGCCCCCGUCCCCAGAGUGUUUUCAGCACGUCAGGGACAAAGCUGUAGCGUUAGGAUGUGAGCUUGUAUGUGUUAUAGGAAAGGCGAGCUUUCUGUUGGUGCAGAAUCGUCCAAGAAAACCUCUCGUUUAGACCCCUCCCCUUCGUUAAAGGUGUUGCGUGCAGAGCAGCGCAUGUUUAGGACGCAUGUCUUUUCGGUGGUCGGCCUUGUGUUUGUACGAGUGACGGUAGAGUCUCACGGCGUCGGUGACAGGCCUCUGUGUGCUGCCUUCUUGAUGUGUAUCAGUGCAUCGUAAGCCUCGUGACCGUGACCCCGUGUCCACAGGCAGAAUCUGCGUUCCUACAGAAGCCACUUUGCCCCUCCCUCAGACUAAUUUCACCUGGACUGUCACGGUCUCCUUCGUGUUAACUUCGCGUUUAACUGUUGCCCCUUCAGUACUAUGUAUGUAAUAUAUGUACGAACAUCUGCUGUGCAAAUCUAUCUGUAUAUAUUUGUAUGGCAUUUACACCUACCUUGAGGAAUCUGGUUUGGAAAGGGAGUGAGAGGUUAGUCCCUGCUACCGUUUUCUCCAAGCUGUGUCCUGAGAAUUCUGACCCUCAGAGAACCCAAGGGAGAUGAUGAUAGAAUAUGCUGUCAUCUCUUAAUUCAGGAUCUAUUAUCAAACAAAACAUGAAAAAAAGAAAAAACAGUGACUUUUAAGGUGAAAAGUUUCAAGCAUUCCAAAUGAAUUCUCAAUGUUUCGUAACUUUUUAUUAUAACCUCACCUCCUAAUACAAAGCCAAGUACUAUUUGAUACAGUGAUUAAAAACCAAACAACUUGGAAAUUUUUUAAAAGACAUCGUCUGGCUAAAUGCUCAUUUUCACAAUCAGAAUAGCUUUAAAAUAGUUGAAUUUGAUACACGUAGAAAAGGUUUUGUUGAACAAAUUCCUUUUGCUUUUCGUUUUUCUUGAGAGACUUAAAGAGAAAUUGUGGAUUGUUUUCCUGACUUAACAAGAGUAUUGUGACAAAAUGAAGUCAUUGUAAAGACGUGAUGCGACUUGUCAAAUAUUUAAUAAAGGAUUGUGGAAGCCGGAACU